CAUGAUGUAAUAAAGAAGGUAAAGAAGAAGGGAGAGUGGAAGGUGUUGGUGGUUGACCAGCUCAGCAUGAGGAUGCUGUCGUCCUGCUGUAAGAUGACAGACAUCAUGACCGAGGGGAUAACAAUUGUAGAAGACAUCAACAAGCGCAGAGAACCGCUCCCCAGCCUGGAGGCUGUGUAUCUCAUCACUCCUUCUGAGAAGUCUGUCCACUCUCUCAUCAGUGACUUUAAAGACCCACCAACUGCAAAAUACCGGGCUGCUCAUGUCUUCUUCACUGACUCUUGUCCAGAUGCCCUGUUUAAUGAGCUGGUAAAAUCACGAGCAGCCAAAGUCAUCAAAACUCUGACUGAAAUCAACAUUGCAUUUCUUCCAUAUGAAUCCCAGGUGAGUCCAAGUAGAGAGGAAUACAAAGACAAUGCCUUGCUGGCUCAGCUCAUCCAGGACAAGCUCGAUGCUUAUAAAGCCGAUGAUCCAACAAUGGGGGAGGGCCCAGACAAGGCACGCUCCCAGCUUCUGAUCCUGGACCGGGGCUUUGACCCCAGCUCCCCGGUACUUCAUGAACUGACUUUCCAGGCGAUGAGUUAUGACUUGCUGCCUAUUGAAAAUGAUGUGUACAAGUACGAGACAAGCGGCAUUGGAGAGGCACGGGUGAAGGAGGUGCUCCUGGACGAGGAUGACGAUCUCUGGAUAACGCUGCGUCACAAGCACAUCGCCGAGGUGUCCCAGGAGGUCACUCGUUCUCUGAAAGAUUUUUCUUCUAGCAAGAGAAUGAACACUGGAGAGAAGACCACUAUGCGGGACCUGUCCCAGAUGCUGAAGAAGAUGCCCCAGUACCAGAAAGAACUCAGCAAGUAUUCCACCCACCUGCACCUUGCUGAGGACUGUAUGAAGCAUUACCAAGGCACCGUAGAUAAACUCUGCCGAGUGGAGCAGGACCUGGCCAUGGGCACAGAUGCUGAAGGGGAGAAGAUCAAAGACCCCAUGAGAGCCAUCGUUCCCAUUCUGCUGGAUGCAAAUGUCACCACUUAUGACAAAAUCCGUAUCAUCCUUCUCUACAUCUUUUUGAAGAAUGGCAUUACUGAGGAAAACCUAAACAAGCUGAUCCAGCAUGCCCAAAUUCCCCCCGAGGACAGUGAGAUCAUCACCAAUAUGGCCCACCUUGGCGUGCCCAUCGUCACCGACUCCACUUUGCGCCGCAGGAGCAAGCCAGAGCGGAAGGAGCGCAUUAGUGAGCAGACCUACCAGCUCUCACGAUGGACCCCGAUUAUUAAAGACAUCAUGGAGGACACUAUUGAGGACAAACUGGACACAAAGCACUACCCCUACAUCUCUACCCGCUCCUCUGCCUCUUUCAGUACCACCGCUGUCAGUGCUCGCUAUGGACACUGGCAUAAGAAUAAGGCUCCAGGGGAGUACCGCAGUGGCCCCCGCCUCAUUAUUUUCAUCCUUGGGGGCGUGAGCUUGAAUGAGAUGCGUUGUGCUUACGAGGUGACCCAAGCCAAUGGAAAGUGGGAAGUGCUAAUAGGAUCCACGCACAUUCUCACUCCACAGAAACUGCUGGACACGCUGAAGAAACUGAAUAAAACAGAUGAAGAAAUAAGCAGUUAA